GUUAAAGACAAGGGAGCAUUGGAGAGAGCAAGCGCCGCUGCCUUCUCUGCUGCACAGUGCACAACCCAGUGAACGGGUCUCCCUAGACUGCCCGUACCUAUAGCGAUCUCUCUUGGCCAUUCGGUGGAUGCUGUCUUUUCGGGCAACACCAACGUCGGGCGUAAAGUGUGUUUUCGGACAAUUCGUAAGGAAUGCUUUACAUAUUUUACAUGGUUUGAAUUUUGGUUACCAAUCGAGGGGAGUCGAGAACAACGCGGUUCCCCGGCAUAUUUUACAAAGUUAUGCCAGUUCCCGACGCAACCUCUGACUCUUAGAACUUCACCAUGCUGAGCCCAGUACUAAACGCCUCUAAUGGAGACGGCGCCGAGACAGAGACCACGUCGGCCAUACUGGCCUCUGUCAAGGAACAGGAGCUGCAAUUUGAACGGCUGACUCGAGAGCUGGAAGCUGAACGGCAGAUUGUCGCCACCCAACUGGAGCGAUGCAAGCUAGGAUCUGAGACCGGCAGCAUGAGUAGCAUCAGUUCAGCGGAUGAGAAGUUUCGCUGGAAUAACCAAGACGGACAGAAGGACAUUGAGGAAGAACUGACGACCGGCUUGGAGCUGGUGGACUCCUGCAUUAGGUCACUCCAGGAAUCUGGGAUACUUGACUCCCAGGAAUUCUCCGCAGGCGACAGACAAGGCCUGCUAUCCCAGAGUGCACUACAGCUCAACAAUCAGGAUGGUUCACUCUCUUACCCAGCCGGUUACCUCAGCAACCAGGCACUAGAGGCCCUGCCCCGCAGUGGCCAGGUGGGAGGGGCAGUCCACAGUUACAACCAGGUGACGUCUAGCCGUGCGGCCCAGCUAGCUGCCAGUGUAGACUCCACCCAGUCCAGAGAAUCGUUUGCCCAGGGCCAUGGCAGCGCCUUCCACAUGCCUGACGCCCCGCCAACUCCUUCCAUGUACUACUCUUGCUCCACCCUGCCUGCCCAACGUGUGAGCUCCCCCCACUCCAUGCAGGCCGUGGGCUCUCCCACCAAGCUUCAGCGCCUGGGCUCUGCCUCUGACAUGCCCAGCUACGCCACCCUGCAGCGAGUCUCCUCGCCCAAGCAGUCCCCCAGCCGGCUGGCCAAGUCCUACAGCACCAGCUCCCCCAUAAACAUGGUAGUUGGGUCUGCUGGGCUGUCCUCCACUUCCCCGCUGCACAUGGCUUCUUCAGGCAACGCCUCGGGCUCAUCCCCACUCCAUCAAUUCAGCUCUACCGUGGGUAACUACGCUACCCUGUCCCCCACCAAGCGCAUGCAGCACUCCUCGGACCAGUACAAGAUCUCCCACGAGCUGUAUGCAAACGCCACCCUCGGGAGACCUGGCAGCCUGGCAGGAUCCAGGGGCUCUUAUAGCAGCCAGCACAGUCACCUGGGCUCUGAGCUGCGACCUCUCCAGUCUCCUGAGCACCACAUUGACCCCAUCUAUGAGGACAGGGUCUACCAGAAGCCUUCUAUCAGGAGUCUCAAUCAGAACCAGGACCCAGUAAACCAGUUUUGUGAACAGGUCCUGAACUUUCUGCUCUGUCCCUACUUCCCUCCUGCCGUAGCCCCGUCUUCCCCUGGUGUUGACUCCACCCCCUUGCAGCGUACAGGCAGCCAGAACGCCUCAGGCACUUUGCCAUACCAGAGAAGCAGCUUUGCCACUGCCUCUGCUGCAGACUACUCCAACCCGUACCGCACCCUCCAGUUCUGCCCAUCUACCGAUUCUCCCUACAGCAAGUCUGGCCCCGCCCUUCCCCCGGAGGCCGCACUGGCCCGCUCACCUUCUGUCGACAGUAUCCAGAAGGAUCCCAGGUACGACCCUGAAUUCCUUGUCUGGAAUCAAAAUCAAGCCGAGCAAAGAAUGACAAAGGAGUUUGGCUGGAGAGACCCAGAGCUGCCUGAGGUGAUUCAGAUGCUGCAACACCAGUUCCCCUCGGUCCAGUCCAACGCUGCAGCCUACCUCCAACACCUGUGCUUCGGAGACAACAAGAUCAAGUCUGAGAUCCGAAGGCAGGGAGGAAUCCAGCUACUGGUGGAUCUGCUGGAUCACAGGAUGACCGACGUGCACCGCAGCGCCUGUGGUGCUCUGAGAAACCUGGUGUACGGAAAGGCCAACGAUGACAACAAGAUCGCCCUGAAGAACUGCGGCGGGAUCCCAGCCCUGGUCCGCCUGCUGAGGAAGACCACCGAUGUGGAGAUCAGGGAGCUGCUUACAGGUGUGCUGUGGAACCUGUCGUCGUGUGAUGCCCUGAAGAUGCCCAUUAUCCAGGAUGCUCUGGCCGUGCUGACCAACGCUGUCAUCAUCCCCCACUCGGGCUGGGACACCUCGCCCCAUCAGGAGGACCGCAAGCUGCACUUGCACUCCUCCCAGGUGCUCCGCAAUGCCACUGGCUGCCUCAGGAAUGUGAGCUCGGCGGGGGAGGAGGCUCGUAGGAGGAUGAGGGAGUGCGAGGGCCUCACUGACGCUCUGCUCUACGUGAUCCAGACCGCCUUGGGCAGCAGCGAGAUCGAUAGCAAGACCAUUGAAAACUGUGUGUGCAUUUUGAGGAACCUCUCGUAUCGACUAGCGGCAGAGACAUCUCAGGGACAGCAGAUAGGCACAGACGAGCUUGAUGGAUUGCUUUGUGGCGAUGCCAACGGCAAGGAUGCUGAGAGCUCUGGUUGCUGGGGGAAGAAGAAAAAGAAAAAGAAGGCCCAUGAUCAGUGGGAUGGUGUUGGGCCCUUCCCGGACUCAGCUGACCCUCCCAAAGGCAUUCAGAUGCUGUGGCACCCCACCAUCGUCAAGCCCUACCUCACACUCUUGUCUGAGUGCUCCAACCCAGACACCCUGGAGGGGGCAGCCGGGGCUCUGCAGAACUUGGCUGCAGGCAGCUGGAAGGUACAGCACAGUACAUGGUCUGUGUAUAUCCGUGCGGCGGUGAGGAAAGAGAAGGGUCUGCCCAUCCUGGUGGAGCUCCUGAGGAUCGACAACGACAGGGUGGUGUGUGCUGUGGCCACAGCUUUAAGAAACAUGGCCUUAGACGUCAGAAACAAAGAACUCAUCGGCAAGUACGCAAUGAGAGACUUGGUCCACCGAUUGCCCGGGGGGAACAACAACAACAGCAGUGGUGGGACUGCUGCCAGUGCUAUUGGGAAGACCAUGUCGGACGACACUAUCACAGCUAUCUGCUGUGCCCUGCACGAGGUCAUCACUAAGAACAUGGAGAACACCAAGGCUCUGCGUGACGCUGGAGGCAUCGAGAAACUCAUCGGCAUCGCCAGGAGCAAAGGAGACAAACACACACCCAAAGUGGUAAAAGCAGCCUCUCAAGUCCUCAACAGUAUGUGGCAGUACAGAGACCUUCGCAGCCUCUACAAAAAGGAUGGAUAUUCUCAGUAUCAUUUUGUUGGCUCAUCCUCUACAAUAGAAAGAGAUAGACAAAGACCAUAUUCUUCCUCCCGCACCCCAUCCAUCUCGCCCGUACGGACAUCUCCAAAUAAUCGAUCAGCAAGUGCCCCUGCCUCUCCCCGGGAGAUGAUCAGCAUUAAGGAGAGGAAGACAGACUACGAAUCAACGGGCACCAAUGCCAGUUACCAUGGCAACAAGGGUGAGCACACUUCGAGGAAAGAUGCCAUGGCAGUUCAAAUUUCAAGUGGAACCUCAACAUUGUUCCGAGGUGCCUAUGUCUCUCCAAGUGAUGACAUCAAACACAACCAGGUCCCUUCCCAGGGCCCCAACCCAGGCCAGGAGCCCUACCCUCCGUUCCAGAACCCUCCUGGAGUACAGUUUGAGGAGGCAUUCUACGAGGACCAAGUGCACCAACGCCCUCCUCAGGCCACAGACUUGAACAUGCACCUGGGCCUCAAGUCCACCGGCAACUACGUGGACUUCUACUCAGCAUCCCGCCCAUAUAGUGAACUCAACUAUGAGACCAGUCACUACCCGGCCUCCCCGGACUCCUGGGUCUAGUGGACUAUAGAGGAAGGACUCGUCGUCAGCAGUGUGCUGGGAUAGGGGGAGAGGAGCCGAAAGAGAGAGUAAGACAAAAAGGCCACGCAUGCUUGCAUGCACAACACAAGACAUUUCUUCAGCGAGUUUAGUUUGUCCUAGAGAGCGAUGUCCCACGCCCAUGUGUCUUUGAAGAAAGAAGGAGAGAGAGAGACCGUCACAGAGCAGAAGGGAUAGAAAGAGAGAGUCAGAAAGAUAGGAGGAGGGAGGGAAAGAGAGAGAGGAAGAAAUAAAGAGUAUGAUCUUGUAAGGAAACGACUCACAAAAGGCAAAAGGAAGGUGUUAAAUGAUGGGGUCACCACCAGAAGCUUGGCACGUUGAAGUGUGAGGAGCGGAAUAUUUUGGAGAUAAGCAGGAGUAUUCUAGACAGAAGACAACUGUAAAUAUGUGGUAUAGUAAAGAGAUUAGUGUGUGAAGCACAAGAAAAUGAAGAGUCAUACACAAGCUAGAGAAUAGUUGUCAGUCACAAACUCUUAUUAGGAUUAAUUUACGGCUUCAACCUGUGUUGUAUGUAAGGAGUUUCCUCUCACGGGCAAAGGAAUUGCUUCUAGACUUUGUAUCUUUUGAUUUGUUACGAUUCUUUUUUUAUUUGUACUUUUUUAAUUCCGAAUUCUGGUGUUAAGUAUUUGAUGUACAUUACAGAGAUACAAGUGCAUUGUGUAUAUUACACAAAGACCUGUGUCCCUUCCCUCAGUGUCUCAACAGAACGUCAACCUGUCUGUUACAUUCUGGGGGGAGAAUGGAGUGGUACAAUGUCUGCGCACAAACAAACAAAUACGAGCAAAUGUGUUUUAGCAGCAAAAUGAAGAAAUAAUGUUAGUUCUGGCUAAUCUGAUGUGAAUUGGUGGAACUAAGCAUCUCAACAGCAUCAUUCUACUCCCUUGGUGCUCUUCCACUGCCUAAAACAGUUUACGGAGGGACUGUAGAUAUACUCAAAAUACUUUUUAUUUCCUACACGCCAUGUCAUUUUGUUUGUCCAACCAUAUCUACAUGAAAACAAGUUUGUUCCUCCACACGCCUCCAAGUGAACUGUGCUCAUGGUCCGUUUUUAAAUGUGCCAAACAUGUUUAUCUCCAAGCCGAGGGGUAACGUUGAACUUCUGUUGAAGUUUACAUUCAACAGCAAGUCGUUGGUUCUAACAAUCCCAGUUUGUAAAUGCUUUUUUUAACGUGUUUUAAUGGAAUAAAGCUAUAUAUACACUGUAACAAGACUGGAACAUUACCAGGAGACGAAAAUUAGAUCUUUGAGAGCUUAAUUCCCUCCAAAGAUGUACAAAUUAGUUGGGUCUGUGUUGUAAAAUAAUCAAUGUUUGAGAAAAAUGUGUUUUCUUUUCCAGAGAGGGUUGGCAAUCAUGUUCAUGGUAGACUGUUAAUAGAGUAUGAAUAUAUAUUAUAUAAAUAUAAAUAUAUACUUUUUAUGUGCAGAUGUGGAUGUCACUUAAAGCAGCAACAUUAUGGAAGAGACUUGUAAAAAAAUAUAUUUGUUCACCUUCAUUUUCUGGUCUACACACUAAAAUGUUGACUUUGUGUAGUCAUGUUGUUGCUAUGUGAAAUAGGGGAGACCAGGAGCGGAAUAUCCACAGAGAUACAGAAGUUGUCACAGACCUCGUUUCGACAAGAAAAGGUACUAAAAGUUACAGCUACAGAUUUUUGGUAUUUUGGUGUUUACAGAAUGUAUUUAGCUACUUCAAAUCCCGAGCUUUGAAUAUUGAAAUUGUCACAGGUGUUAUGUCUUUCACCACCUUCUAAGAAAAUGAUCCGCUUGAUCCUUAUUGGAUUCCCUCAAACUUCUCAAUAUCAGUGGGGUGUACAGUUAUCAACAAUAGAGCUUGAUGAUCCAGUGUGUGUGUUUCUGUCAAAGAGAUGGAAACGGAAUGAAAGUGGCUUUCCCCAGUAGGACAAACGGUUCCAUAGCGAGCCCUCCUUUGAGGAAAUGUUUCAAUAACAUUAUGUGGCAACCUAGAUACACAAAUAUUUAAUUGCCCAGUAAUGCAUGAAUAGCUCUUCUUUCAGUCAAUGUUAAACAAAAUGGUGGUAGGCUACACACUAAAGCUGAAUUGAGGAGAAAACGGUCACACUUUAUUUAGAUAGCAAGCAGUUGUUUAUCAACAGAUAGACUUAAGGUUAGGGUAAGUGUUAAGUUUAGGGUUAGGAUAAGGGUUGAGAUUAAAGCUAGGGUUAGUAGAUAGUCUGUAGAGCAUCUACAGAUGGACUUAAGGUUAGGGUAAGUGUUAAGUUUAGGGUUAGGAUAAGGGUUGAGAUUAAAGCUAGGGUUAGUAGAUAGUCUGUAGAGCAUCUACAGAUGGACUAUCCAAAUAAAGUGUUACCAAAAAAAUAAAAUCUUAAAAGAUGCGACAACAAGCCCUGGUCUCCCCUACAUAUCAUUUAUAAAUCUCUCGGUCAUCUUCAGAUGCUUGAACAAUGAAUAAAUGAUGCAAAACCCAAAUUGUUCAACAUCCUACAAUGAUCCCCUUCUCAUUAGUUAGCAUCUGAAAACAGACACAGUCCUUGUGAAAAGUAGGCAUACCUGACAAACUGUAUUGAACUAUGUCAGUAAACCUUUUUGUUGCUAGACAACGUGUUUUAAGAACUUGUGAAACUUUUUAUUGUCUCAACAGAUUGCAACUGCUACAAAAAUAUAAACUGACCAUCUAAGAUUGA